AUGUCUACCGGUACGUCUAUACCGUCCAUGGAAAUGUCGCGAGACUCUUCACUAAUAGAAACACUCGAGAAUGAAGAACCAGGACGGUGUUAUACUAGUAGUGAUAGUCCAAGUGGAAUUCCUGUUACUGAGCCCAGUGAAAAGCAACCGGUCGACCAACAGCAGCGUAUGUCUCCAAAAAAACCUUCUCAUGCUAAAAAGUUGGUAGAUAAGUUUGCCACGUUUUCUCCAAUGAGGAAUAAAGGAUCCGAUCGACAAUUAAUAGUCGAAACUUAUAGCAACUAUAACGGAAAGAAAGAUAUUUUUCAGUCUGACCAACGCCCUAAGUCGGCCGAAGUAAAAACUCAGAAGAAGAAAAAGCGUGCAACUAUCAACAUUACUGAAGGGAUGUCAAAAGCCGAUAUAUUUGCUGCAAAUGUGGCUAGCGCCAUUGAUGCUGCUGAUGAUUCUGAUGAAGAGGAGGUAUAUUAUACUUAUAGUACAAGUAAUUCUCGUACUCCCUCUUUGACUAGUUUAAAUGGCUCGAUUCAACCAACCAGGGCCCCCAUAUCAAAUCCAAAUCUAUUACAAGACAAUAAUAAUAUUCCUCAACAAUUCCCAAUUUCACCUCAUAAUGUUUACAAUGCCUUUUCUGCUCCCUAUCGCACAUAUAACACCUUUCCUCAUCGUUCCCAUUUCCCUGCCUAUUACAAUAAUAACCCUGAAUCAAAUAGUCAAAGUCCAAAUAGCCAAAGCCCAAAUCCUAAUAAUAAGCCAACCGGUGUAAUGCGUUCUUCGUUACCCGAUAUGUCUCAAUAUGUAAAAGCUUUACCAAAUUAUGCCCCCUUAUAUAAUAAUUGGUAUGUUAAUGAUGAACGAUAUCCAUUAUUUGCCAAAAUGCGUCCUCCAACUUUUGAAACGCAUGUAAAUAUCAAAGAUAUAACGAACGUCCUUGCUGCUGACAAGGAAUUAAUGUUCGAUAUUCAAGUAAAAGGACGUAAUUUCGGUUUAUGGGAUGUAGAAAUUAUUGAAACUGAUCUAAAUGUAUUUGCUACUCCUGUGAGGAAUGUUCCUGGUGGUGGUAUUCCUGGUGGUCCUGGAAGUCAUUGGGAUGAUGAUAUUAAUCCUUCUUCAUCUUUUAAUGAAGCUGCUCCUAGACAAUAUUUGGGAACUAUACUUGCUUUUGAUGAACCUUUAACUUUUCCUUCAGGGAUCAAUCGUACUGGUGUUGUAAGUACUCCUACUGGACAAGUUAGGUUAAGAAAUCCUGGUGGUGAGGAUAAAGAAAGUCAAGAAAAAUGGUCUUUCCUUCUAAGGCAUCAAUUUGAUCUAACUGUUCGUGGAGUUCUUAAGUAUACAUUACCUUUUUCAAAGAGCUAUGUUGCUAGUGUAUGCUUUGCUCAGAGGGUUGAUGGUAGUGAAGAAUCUCUAGAUAAAGAUGGUAAAAGUAAGAUACUUGAUAGUUCAAAUAUAAAUUUGAUAUUAGGUUGUGGUGAUUGGGAACAAGAUGAUGAAAAGUAA